AAGCGUUUACACGACUUAGUCAAUUUCAGCGUGGUGUGUUUCGUCUUGUCAUAUUUUGUUUAACCGGCAGCAACCAAAAAUGAAGAUUGAAGAGGUUAAAAGCACGACAAAAACCCAGAGGAUAGCUUCCCACAGUCACAUAAAAGGUCUAGGACUUGAUGAGAAUGGCUAUGCUAUUCAAUCCGCCGCCGGUUUGGUUGGACAAGAACUAGCUCGAGAGGCUGCAGGUGUAGUGGUUGAACUGAUCAAGUCAAAGAAAAUGGCAGGCAGAGCCAUGCUCUUAGCUGGGCCUCCAGGAACUGGAAAGACUGCCUUAGCCCUGGCCAUCGCCCAGGAACUGGGAACUAAGGUACCCUUCUGUCCGAUGGUAGGGAGUGAGGUGUACUCCUCAGAAAUCAAGAAGACAGAAGUCCUGAUGGAGAACUUCCGCCGGGCCAUCGGACUGAGGAUCAAAGAGACCAAGGAGGUUUACGAGGGGGAGGUGUCGGAACUGACCCCUGUAGAAACAGAGAACCCCAUGGGAGGCUAUGGAAAGACAGUCAGCCAUGUUGUAAUUGGGUUAAAAACAGCAAAGGGAACAAAACAGCUGAAACUAGAUCCAUCUAUAUAUGAGAGCCUACAGAAAGAGAAAGUAGAAGUAGGGGACGUGAUUUACAUAGAGGCCAACAGUGGAGCUGUCAAGAGACAAGGUCGAUCAGACAGCUAUGCCACAGAGUAUGAUCUAGAGGCAGAGGAAUAUGUCCCCCUCCCCAAAGGGGAUGUCCACAAAAAGAAAGAGGUCAUACAGGACGUCACACUCCAUGACCUUGACAUUGCUAAUGCCCGACCACAGGGAGGACAAGACAUUAUGUCUAUGAUGGGUCAGCUAAUGAAACCAAAGAAAACAGAAAUUACAGACAAGCUGCGGAAGGAAAUCAACAAGGUUGUGAACAAGUAUAUUGAUCAGGGUAUUGCUGAACUGGUGCCAGGUGUUCUGUUCAUUGAUGAGGUUCACAUGUUGGAUAUUGAGUGUUUUACCUACCUCCACAGAGCAUUGGAGUCCACCAUAGCACCUAUUGUGAUAUUCGCCACCAACCGUGGAAAGUGUACCAUCAAAGGUACAGAAGAUGUUGUAGCCCCCCACGGUAUACCCCUGGAUUUGUUAGACAGGGUGAUGAUCAUCAGAACGUUACCUUACUCCCAGGAGGAAAUGGUGCAGAUUCUGAAAAUCCGAUCUCAGACAGAGGGAAUACAGAUAGAUGAUGAAUCCUUGGCACAGCUGGGACAAAUUGGUGUUCAAACAACUUUAAGAUACUCUGUACAGCUUUUGACACCAGGAAAUCUUCUGGCCAAGAUUAACGGAAAGGACGCCAUUUCCACCGAGGAGAUAGAAGAAAUUAACAAACUGUUUUAUGAUGCCAAGUCUUCAGCCAAAAUCCUGGCAGAGCAAGAAGACAAAUACAUGAAGUGAAAACUGUGUGUUCAAAAACAGUGACAGAUCAGAACAAAGUGAUAGAUUGUGAACCUUUUCUAUUGGAAUCCAUGAACAAACUGCUGUCGACAUUGCAACAUUGCCCAGGCUUUGUCUCAUGAGAAGAAAUCUCACUUCAUGUUGCAUUUUCUCAUCAGCUGAUACAUUUCUCUUUAUAUGUACAUGUACAUAAUGCUGCAUUAAAUUUAUUGAAAACAUAAA